GAAAACAGUUACAAGUUUAGUUGCAAAUAUCAGUCCUUUUUUCCCCCUAAACUAAAGAAUAAUUAUAAUAAUUUACGUAUUGCAACCCAACUGUUUACGUUCUGUAAUUUUAUGUAGAAAAAAAGUUCAUUGGCAUUUGUCGACUUCCGCGUCCCCCCUGAGAAGAGCAUAAAUUGGCGUUGCGUGACAAGAAAAACAGAAGCAGGCCCUUCUCGUGUAUUGAUUUGAAACAUUUUUCCUAUUUUGCUGGCAAGUUUGCACAAAAUGGCCCGCUACUUUUAUCUUAUUUUAGCUGCUUUUUGUGCAGCCGCGUCGUCACAGUUUAUCCCGCCGUAUACCGAAGACUGUCGGACGGGAAUGUAUCCUCCAAAUGGGCCCACAUUUAAAGGUGCUGUGAGUUGGUAUACCGUAAACCUGGAUUUGCCUCCCAAGGAGCGAUGGAAUGGCGUCAUCGCAGACAAAAAGACACAGUUGGUGACCAUGAUUCAGGCCAUCCGAGACCUGGCCGACGCCUUCGUCCCCGGCGGGAAGCUCAUCGAGCUGGUGGACGUCGCUCUACCUUUGAUGGUCGACACGCUCCCGUACCCGUUCGGGGAUGAAAUUAAAGGGAUAGCGACAGCUUCGGGAGUUCCUCUUGGUGAGGUGGUCCUAUUUAACAUCUUCUACGAGGUGUUCACCGUUUGCACCUCAGUCGUCGCGGAGGACACUAAAGGAAAUUUGGUGCACGGUCGCAACCUGGAUUUUGGAUUAUUUAUGGGCUGGGACGCAAAGAACAAAUCUUGGGUGGUAAGCGAGCUGCUGAAGCCGUUAGUGGUCAACGUGGACUUCCGGAGGAACAACAAAACCGUCUUCAAGUCCACCAACUUUGCCGGUUACGUGGGCAUGCUGACCGGCAUCAAGCCGAACGUCUUCACCCUCACCAUGAACGAACGCUUCAGUUUGGACGGAGGAUACAUCGGAAUCUUGGAGUGGAUCCUGGGAAAGCGAGACGAAAUGUGGAUGAGCUUCCUGACGCGCUCCGUGCUGGAGAACGCUACCAGCUACGAGGAGGCCAAGUUCCGUUUGGCACAGACUAAGCUUCUGGCGCCCGCUUACUUCAUCCUGGGAGGGAACGCCACGGGGCAAGCCUGCAUCAUCACCAGAUCCAGAAUCACCAGUCUGGACAUCCUAGAGAUCGAUCUGAAGCUGGGCCGCUGGUUCGUCCUGGAGACCAACUACGACCACUGGAAGGAGCCGCUCUUCCUGGACGAUCGACGCACGCCCGCCGUCAAGUGCAUGAACGCCACUUCGCAGGCCAAAAUAUCCAUGAAGACGAUAUACGACGUGCUGUCCACAAAGCCCGUACUCAACAAGCUGACGACGUACACCACGUUGAUGCAAGUGUCGUCGGGCACGCUGGAGUCGUACAUCCGCGACUGCCCCAGCCCUUGCAUGCCCUGGUGAAGCGUUUCUCACCUUUCCACAAUCCAGUAGAAACAGUCAACUGAUCCCAAGACUUUGAUUUUGAGUUGAACACAUGGCUCGCUUUCAACAAAAAUGACCUGUUGUGACCAGCAAGCGCAGCUGCUUCUUUGUGAGUCUUUAGAUUAAUCUACUUGUUGCCUGCCUCGUCCGAUCCAUUUGAAGGGAGUGCUGGGUUGGACGUCUACUUGUGCGCUCAACUUCAGAGCCGCACGAUUAGAUGCCUAUCGUCGUCAAUGGCGUUUUAAUAGGAUAUUUUGCUAAUGAAUGUUAUGGGAUGUAAAGGGUUGUGCAAUGUCAAACAUUUCACAAAUAAUACAUACUGCUUAUUUUUCCAAUGACUAAUAAAAGAGUACUGGUACUCAUGA